UGAAAUCGCGCUUGCGAUUACCGUCUGUUCUCUAGAGGAUGGAAAUUGGAAAUAACAUUAAAAAGAUAACCCAUUAUGUAAUCACCUGUGAUAUCAUUUAAACACUCCCCUCAUGAUUCAGCAGAUUCUAAGCAAUCCUACUUUUUGAAAUCAUCGAACGCUUGGUAAAUAACCGAGAGACAAAAAAAUCUCUCAGCUUGUAUGUACAACACCUGUAAAUGUUAUGCAGUUUUAUGCAACUGUAGUGUUAGAUAAGUAUUUUCUUAUAUAUACCGGAGAUAUUUUUUAUAAACGUGUGACUUUAUAUUUUUUAUACUAUGAAUAUUCAGAAAUAGACGUAAUAUGCACAUACAAUAAGUUAUUUAAAAAAGAUGCUGGUUAUCUCCUGCUUAUGGAUCUUUUUCACAUCUUACGCACGCAUAGAUUAUAUAGAUAGGCUGGGCUUACUAUAUAUAAUGGGUCGUAAUGGAGGUCCCACGUUCAUUACGUGCGGAUCACGAAGCGUGACCACUCGAUCGGUAGUGUUAGCCAUCCUCUCUCGCUGGGUGGAAGACGUUGAGACAUCUGCCCAAUCAGCUUGAUACAUACGUUCAAAGUGACACUUGAAGAGAUUUCUAAAUACGAAGAGAACGAAAAUGGUUGCUGUAAACGCAGAGCUACUGAAAGUUUUUGGUUUUUGGGGCAGUGUACUGGUCCUCAAAAUGCUGGCGAUGGUGCCGCUGACUGCGCGACAACGUUUCCAGAAGAAGAUAUUUGCCAACGAGGAUGAUACGAAGAUAGUAGGUGGAAAAGUAGUAUAUAAUGACGCAGAUGUGGAACGUGUACGACGAUCGCAUUUGAAUGAUCUGGAGAACAUUGUGCCAUGGUUCAUAAUCACAUACCUCUGGUUAACCACUGGACCUUCAUACUGGAUGGCUAAAACUUUGAUACAAACGUUUGUUCUGGCUCGUAUAGUUCACACCUUCUCCUACGCUGUUUGUCCGCAACAGCCUAUGAGAGCGAUAUCUUUCUUUGUGGGAUUCGGAACUAUGGGUUAUGAAGCACUUACCACAUUGUUAUAUUAUUGCUAAUUUGAUAUGAAUACUUCUGCUGGAAAAGUUGAAUCUUUGCAAGAACAUGAUAAAAACAUGAUUUUUGUUACAUUUGAGGAUAAAAUUAAUAGUAACAGUUGGGGAUAACGAAAUAAUAAUAAAAAUUUCCAUUCCAGUAGGAGUAAUGCAAUUAUUAAGAGAGUUAAGCGUUACAGAAAUAUUUUCCUAUAUAGUCUAGAGAUACGUCUUGUAGAUGCAUGAUAUAAGGUUUAUCCUGUUUUGCACUUCUGAACUAGUUCAGAAGUGUAGCGAAAAAAAACAAUUUAUAUUUCUUUAUAUUUCUUAUAGUAUAUUAUAUUUCUUGUACUAUAAAGAUUUAAAAAUAACUGAUAACUGAUGAAAACAUAUAAUACAUGUGAUAUGCAAAAUAAUAUAAGUACAUGUUAUGUUUAUAUUUUUCUAAUGAUUUUAUCAAUGUUGCACUCAAGUGGAAUAAAUAAAAACUUGUAUCUAGAAA